AUGUUCUAUGCAAGAUUCUUGGUAACGGCGUUAGCUGCUGCUACUGUGUCGGCAAAAUCAACGGCCUAUUUGAUUCGCCAUGGCGAGAAACCGUCAGACGGGAGUGAUGGUCUGAGUGCGCAGGGCAUGCAAAGAGCACAGUGUCUGAGGACUGUGUUCGGUGCUUCGUCUUCGUAUGAUAUUGCUUAUAUCAUUGCCGAGCAACCGAAAGCUAGCGGAGCAAGAGAUCGUCCUCUGAUGACUGUUCAACCUCUCGCCACCGAUCUCGGGUUAACAGUCGAUACGUCCUGUGAUCGCGAUGAUCAGAAGUGCGUCGCUGCUCUGGUGGAUGUUUACACCGGAUCGGGGAACAUCUUGAUUUGUUGGGAGCAUGGGCAAUUGACGAAUAUCGUGGAUGCGUUAGGGGAUAAUAAUGCGCCGACUUAUCCUGAUGGUUCGUUCAAUAUCAUCUGGACAGAUCCUUCGCCGUACAGUAGCAUCACGUCAAUGACCUCGGAGGACUGUCCUGGUCUUGAUAGUAGUUGA